CAUACCUAUCUUUCAAAUUAAACAUAACAUUUCCUCUAGCAAAAUAGUUGCAGUGUUGAUACACGAUUAAAAUGUGGAUUUUCUCAUUAAACAUAAUAACACUUGUUAUUAUUUGUAAUAACGGGCUGGCAUACAAAGCAGCAGUUGUCGAGUAUUAUCCCUCAUCAGAAGCCCAACCCAUAGACACAAUCAAUAAAAAUAUAGAAGAAUAUAGGCAGUUGUUAGAUAGCGCAAAAGAACAGUCUGUAGAUAUCAUAGUAUUCCCAGAAUAUGGUCUCACGACUUUAGUAAAAGAUCCAGAAGAAUAUGCCGUUGAGAUCAGUAAUAGUAGUGAAAUCAUCUCAAAGCUUAGUACCAUGGCCAAAAGACGUAAAAUGUACAUGGUCAUAAAUCUUUUAGAAAAAGAAAAAAGAGGCAGCCAAAUAUACUACUAUAACACAAAUUUGGUUUUUAAUCGAAAAGGCGAAAUCAAAGUCAAAUACCGCAAGAUCAACCUCUUCGACGAGGCUAAACUGACCCCAGGGUUUGCAAACCAAACCAAUACUUUUUCCACCAACUUUGGGGUCACUUUUGGUAUAUUUACUUGUUUCGAUAUCUUAUUCAAAAGUCCAUCAAGAACUGUUUUCGAGAAAAAUGAUGUCACCGAUAUUGUUUAUCCAACAGCUUGGAUUUCCAUAAUCCCCUUUUAUCACUCUUUGAGUGUACAACAUGGGUAUUCCGUUGCCAAUGGUGUUAAUCUCUUGGCUGCUAAUUACGCAAAACCUAACAAUGGCCGGGGUGGUAGUGGAAUAUAUUUAGCUGAUGGAAAAAUAAUGGAAAACUACAUAGGAGAUACUCCAAGUAGCAAACUUAUAGUUCAAGAAGUUACAAAGCAGACCAGUCGGGUAGAUAAAAUGAAUUGUUCAAAAAACGUCGCCUUUGGACUUCCGUCAGAUUUGGGAAAAUCUAACGUGAGCAAUUAUAUGACAAUCCCAGUCUUCAAUGCGUCAGAAUACACUUUCCAAGAAAUUGAUUUGACUCAGAGCAACUUCUUAACAACAAUUUGUCACAGAAAUUUUUGUUGCAAUUUUAACAUUAAAGUAAAUCUCACUAACGUCAAUACUUCAGAACACUACAAACUAAUGGCAUAUGAUGGACUUGUGGGUUAUAACGAAAUUCAACUUCACAUCCGCAUCUGCAGUCUUUUAUUUUGUGAAAAUGAUUCAAAAGACAGUUGUGGUAAAAGACAAGAAACGACUUCCACCAAGUUCACAAAAAUAACAGUCAGAGGAAAUCUACCCACCGAUAAUACGACUUUCUAUACACCCGUUACACUUAAUACUUAUCUUUUAUCCAUGCCGCAAACUACUUACUGUGACAGUCAAAAUGGAUCUGAUACCACCUAUGUUCAAUUGUCUACAACAAAAGUUCAACAAAAUGUUCUAGUUUUUGGGUUGCUUGGGCAUACCCAAACUCCCAUUGACAGUAAUGAGAAUGAUGGCAACUCAGCAGUGCAAGCUUCCAGUCUUCUGUUACUUCUAGUUUUUAGUGUUGUAAAAAAUAUGAUAUAUUAAUUGCAUUAUGAAUUUAGUUUUGCAGAAACGAAAUGAAAAAUAAAACAUAACUCCGUUUCAUUAUUUUCUGUCUCAA